AAACCAAACCAACAAGGCCCAUCAAUUUUUCAAAUCUCUCGUUCCUCUCACUAUCUGUCUCGCCGUUACUCUCUUUACGCUGCCGCCGGCAUUCUCUCCGGGGUUUGAAGUGUGUGUACAAAAAAUAAAACUGUUGUUGGAAUGUGCAAAUGAGACAUUAUUGGAAAUGUUAUUUGCAGCAGAAGGAGGAGGAUUCUUCUCUUCAUCAGCUUCUGGUUAUAGCAAUGGUUUAGCCCUUCUUCUAUUAGGUCAAAAGAAUGAACAAAAGCCUAUCAAGGUCUCAUCAUCACAAUGGAACCAUUAUCAUUUAGUGGUUGAAGAAUCUGAUACCGGGUUUCGGUUAGAUUCGUCUAAGAAUUGGCUCUCUUGUGCCUGCACUUCACUUAUAUGUUUUGGUCGAAAAUCCGAAAAACUUGAAAGUCCAUCUGAUAUUCGAGUCAGCCCGUCUAACUCUUCGGUUUAUCGCGAGGGGAAGAAGGAUGAGGCAGUGGCACCGAGUGUGGAGUAUAAUUGUGAAGUUACUAAUAGGUUUGCACUUAAAAGCAGCUUGAAGAAGCGGUCAUUUAGCGAUGUUGUGAUUGGUGAUGAUGAUGUGAGUAGAGAUGGUGUGGUGGAUCAUACAGAUAGAAGGAAAGUGCAGUGGCCUGAUACUUGUGGUAUUGAGAUUGCUGAGGUCAGAGAAUUUGAGCCUAGUGAAGUUGAUGAAUCAGACGAUGAGUUUCAUCAUGGAAGUGGAAAAAGCUGUAUGUGCACAAUCAUGUGACCCAUUGGAAGUUAAAGAUUGGUUGCAGAAAACAAAAGGCUUUCCAUAUAGUUGAUGCAGCUGCUCUCUUAUCAUGUGCACUUUUGUUAUUAUAUAUAUAAAGAGACAGGAUUUGCAAAAGAUUGGAUAAGAAGAGCAACUUUUGGAUGUGUAGCCACUUGAUUUGUCAAUUUUGUGCUGUAUUUUAGAUUAUUCUAUGUACAUCAACAUCUCUCUAUGCUACCCUGUCCAGUAA